AUGGCAUCUUCUGAGAAUCACCAAUUUACUGCCCCUUUUCGUCGAUUACACGAACCGUUCGAUUUUUCCUCAAUUCAAUGCGUUCAAAAAGAUGAUAUAGAAUUAGUUUGGAUUGAUCGAAACUAUCAUAACGACCCUUUGAGUUUACAGUUGCAUGUGACCACUGAUAAACCCUGUUUCUUCGAUAAUGUAAUACGUGCCGUGGAAUAUUUAUCAAAUAAGAAAAACUCAUCUUACUUCUUUGUUAUUGUCUCUGGGGAAUUCUGUGAGGAAAUGACUCAGCUAUCGGAGCAUUUAGAUAAAGUGCAUUUUCUAUUUGUUUAUUGUUUGAACGUAGCAAAAUACGAAUAUUUGAAGGAAAAAUCAUUAAAAGUAUUAGCGAUUUGUGAUAGGCAAUCGGAUUUGAUCAGUUCGAUUGAAAAGGCAAAAAAAUCCGCAUCGAUUGCUAUUACAAGGCAGUAUUCAAUGCGGGAUCUAAGUAAAGAGUUGGCUACGUAUAUUUGGUAUCAGUUACUUAAAAGUCUAAUAGCAAAAUUAACAACUGACAAUGAAGAAAUGGCAAUGAAUGAUUUUAAGGAAAUAAUUAAAGAGCACUACUACGAUAACAAAACAGCACGUGAACAGCUCCUAGAGAAAAUGGAAUACUAUGAACCAAUUCAUGCCAUCUGGCUUUAUUCCGGUUCAGAAGGUCUGUCGAGCAUUAUCAAUAUGGCGCUACGAAAACAAGAUAUCAAUUUAUUAUAUAAAUCUCGAUGGUUUAUUCGAGACUUAUCAAAUAGUUUAAGUCGAUUACGACCGCAGUUGCUACCCACAAUGCGCGUCUAUCAUGGAGCUGUCUUGCCAAGAGAAAGUUUUAAUAAACUACAACACAUUGUUCGCCAACGAACUUUCGUGUCAACAUUUGGAUAUUUAUCAACGUCAAAGAAUCUUGCAGUUGCUGAACAGUUCUCUGGUAAUCAAGCGAGUGGCACAAAUGAAAGCGGCGUCUCGGUUAUGUUCGAAAUAGACAUAGACGAUGAAAGAAAUGUUAUAGUUGCUGAUAUUAGUGCACAUAGUAAAUUUCCCAAAGAAGAGGAAGUUCUAUUCGAUAUCGAUUCUACGUUUGAAGUUUUACAAGUUAACUUUGAUGAAGUAAAGCAACUAUACACAAUUCGCAUGCGAACGUCAACAUAUGGUAAUGAGUUAGCAAAUGAAUAUCUCCGCUAUAAUCAAAAAGAAUUAGAUCGGCUGAGUGUUGAACUUCUGUUCGGACAUCUUAUUACGGAUAUGGGCGAAUUCGAGAAGUCAAUUGAGUAUUUCAAAGGAUUCAUUGAUCGAGAUAAUAUAAAUCCGGUUGAUUUUCGAAUCCAUUUAGGAUGGGUCUACGCUCUUAAAGGUGAUUAUGAUACUGCUAAAAAAUACUACUACGAGGCAAGAGAUUUAGAAGCGAAUUCGGAAUCAAUAAAAAUGGCUGAAAUAAUAAAUAAACUUGGCUCGUUAGAUAAUACUUUUGCAGAUUACGAAGCAGCUAUUGUUAAAUAUCGAGAAUCUUUAGCAUUAUAUGAUGCAAAUGACAGUUCAGGUCACUGGCAAAUUAAGGGUAAUUUACACACAAAUAUUGCUCUAGCACAAAUGACAAAGAAUCUCUUCGAUGAAGCCCAAGAAGAAUUAGUUAGUGCAUAUGAUUGUAUGGUAAAAGCUCAACUUCCAGGUGAUUAUCCAGACUUUGCAAAACAUCAGAUGUAUCUUUCAAGGUUGUAUCAACUCCGUGGAGACUAUGAUAAAGCUGAACAACAUUGUAUGGAUGCUCUAGCAAUGAGAAAACGUGUUCUACCACCUGAACAUUUGGAUAUAGGAACAACAUUACACAGGUUAGGUAGCAUCAUAGGAGAAGCAGGAAAGGAUUACAAAAAAGCAUUGACCUAUUUACAUGAAUCGUUCACCAUUUGUGAAAAAGCCGUCGGUAAAGAACAUCCGACAACAAUUCUCGUCUUGGGUGGUAUAGCCAAUGUGUACACAUGUCAAGACGAGUUUUCAAUGGCUUUAGAAUAUCAAUUGAAAGUUUUAGAGCUCUACGAAAAGAUUUACAAUAAUAAAGAUCAUGAGGAUAUCGCAAGGGUUCUGAAUAAUAUUGGUGAAUUGUAUCGUAGAAUGAAAGAGUAUGAAAAAGCGUUUCUUCACUUGAACAGAUCAUUGGAAAUGAGAAUCAGAGUACUUGGAGAUAAUCAUUCCGACACUGGUACAGUACAUAUUAAUUUAGCAGAAACAUACCGAGAUACUACUGACUAUCAAACAGCAAUACAACAUGCGAAACUUGGCAUGCAAGCAUGGAAGAGAAAAUUAUUAGAUUCCGCUAUUUAUAUGCCUGAAGGUAAAGAACUUUUGCUCGAACUGUAUACACUUAUUUUGAAAAAUGAACCACUUGAUAAAAUGCGGCCUCAUAAUGGUGUACCGAGAAAGAGAUCUCGGUCUUCAUAG